GUGUUCAAUGUCGUAAUUCAGUCGACUGGGUUUAACUAGCGCGGCUGCAAAGCAAAUUCUCUGUUUAAAAUUGUACAGGAACUUUACUUUGCUGGCUUCUACAGAGGGUCAGGAACGUUAUAAUUUAAUUGUGUGCCCAGUGAAGACAGUGGAACUGAAUUGUAACUGUAUUGAUGUUUCAGACUAAGUUACUUGAGCAGCUCUGUUUUCACAGUUGUAAUACAUGGUUACAUUCCCGGUGUAAUAACCCGCUAUUCAUCAUUUGAAGUUUGAAUUUGCCCUUGUCUGCGCGUUUGAAGAUGCAGAGAGAGGUGGCGAGCUUUGCCUUCGCCCCGGCAGUGAAAGUGAGGCUGAUCAGCGCCGGGUUCCUGACUGCUAAAGACAUCCGAGACCUCAGACCGACCGAGCUAAGCAAAGAGGCAGGGAUCUCCCAGCAGGAGGCGCUAGAGGUGCUGCAGGAGGUGCGACGGGGCCUGGACCAGGAGGGGGCAGCAGAGAGCAGGCUGACGGCUCUGGAGCUGCUGGAGAGGGAACAGGCGCUUGGCACUGUCAUCACCUUCUGCGCAGCACUCGACCAGGCACUAGGGGGCGGCGUUCCCGUGGGCAAGACCACCGAGAUCUGUGGGGCACCAGGAGUGGGCAAGACACAGCUCUGUAUUCAGCUGGCCGUGGAUGCUCAGAUCCCCGGGUGUUUCGGAGGGCUGGGCGGGCAGGCGGUCUACAUCGACACGGAGGGCAGCUUUCUGGUGGAGAGAGCCGUGGACGUGGCCAUGGCUGCUGUGCAGCACUGCACUCUGAUCACAAAGGACACGGAGCAGCGGGAAGCCCUGCAGAGUUUCGCCGUUGAGACUGUCCUCUCCCAGCUCUUCCUGUUUCGCUGCCAUGACUACGUGGAGCUGCUGGCUCAGACACAUCUCCUGCCAGACUUCCUGUCUCAGCACCCCAAGGUGCGCUUGGUGGUGAUUGACAGCAUCGCCUUCCCUUUCCGCCACAGUUUUGAGGACCUGUCCCUUCGAACUCGGCUUCUCAACGGCCUGGCCCAGCAGCUCAUCCAGAUAGCCAGCCAGCACAAUGUGGCAGUCGUCUUAACCAAUCAGAUGACAACACGAAUUGGGCAGAACCAGUCCAUGCUUGUCCCAGCUUUAGGGGAGAGCUGGGGUCAUGCUGCUACACAGAGGCUUAUCCUGCACUGGGAGGGCAAGCACAGGUUUGCUUCCCUGUACAAGUCUCCAAGUCAGAGGGAGGCCACCGUCCCCUACCAGAUAACUCCAAAUGGAUUCCGUGAUGUCCAGCUUCCUGACCCCUCUGUGACCUGUGCUGACCCUUCCCUGACCCCAGGUUUGAACUCUCGCAAGCGUGCCCGGAUGGAGGAGGGGGAUCCCUCGGACGCGUGACCCCCAAAGAAACAUGUGGGGGUCGAUGGCUGUUGGACUUGGGGAGUGUGCACCUGGCACUGGUGGGGCCCUACACUGGCUCUCAGGGGGUCCUAAAACCUGCUGCACAGGAAGUGAGUUUAUAGUGUGGUGGCUUGAUAAAGGGACUGAAAGUCCAGGUUCAGCGUCUCUCAGAACGAGGAGGAGAUGUCAGGCUGGGAUACUGACUGUGAGGAUUGUCACCCCAUUGCACAUUCCUGACCUCGUACUUUCAAUAAAGGAAGACGUGCUUCAGUUUGAUUGAUUGGGUUUGAAAGUUCUGGGUUAUUGUCUUCACACAAACAUCUAUUGCAGAUUUUGAAUAGUAUAUCUGUGUGGUGACACGCUCUGCAAAGGUGUGUUAAAAUAGUGUAGUCCACAUAAAAUGUUUUACCUGAUGGCUGAUUUAAUAUUGUUUCCAAUCACAUGUGGUCAGAUGAGUCAUUUCUGUAGUAUGUGGGCACAGCAAUUCAUUUACCCUUGACUGCUGGCCGAUCAGGUUGCUGAAUGCCUCUUUCAUUGUUUGAGAGGGCUUGUAAUGUGUAAGUUUUAAUUCAGUGAUACACUCAAGGGCUGUCUACAACAGUGGCAUGUAAUGGAUAAUGGGUGAAUGGUUGACCCUUUCUGCACCUGGGCUACAGUACUGUAUUUGAACCUGUUGGGCAGCCCUUCAGAAGGGUGGCUUAGUGGGUUACGCAUUAGCCUUUGAUCUCUGAGGAGAAGGGUUCGAAUGCAGCUGUGAAGGGAGUUGGGUUUCAGCUUCCCUGUCGCUCACAGGCCAAGGAAUGGGUACUCAAGGAAACUGCUACCCUCUCAGCCCUGCCUGACAAAGCAAGAUCACCCGGGCACGCCAGAGUGGCAAUGUGGGAAGCUCCCAGUGCGACUGCUUAAAGACGUGCAAAGCUGAGGGAACACAAAGCCACUUUUUCAGGAGCAGUGGUUUGAAACCUGGUUCCAGGAGACUUUGCAGCAUCAAACCCCGAGUCUCCCCUGGUGUGCCUUGCAGUGGCCUGAUACCUCAUCUCCUGAAACCAAGUUCCAAGCCACAAUGUGGCUCCGUGUUCCCUCAGCUUAAGAGAAACUGAAGUCAUCUUCCGCUGAUGGGCGUGACCUUCUAGUUUUUUGUAUGAUGUUCAAUAAGAUAAACAUGCUUGCUGGUUUUAUUAAAAGGGAAAAACUGUUUUCGUAACACCUAUGAAUCACACUUAUUUAUUCAUUAUUCAAGACCGAUUUGGGGGAAUAUAUAUUGUGCUCUUUGUCAUUGUUUACCACAAUACACGCUCUCUCUAUUGCAAUGCAUAUGAAGUAAUUUAGUUUCCAGAUUCAUCAGGACGGGAUGAAUGGGUUUAACCCCUAGAGCAGUGGCUUCGAGCCCUGGUCCCCAAGAACUGUGUAUUGCAGUGGUGAUUAACACUGUAGAUCAAUCGCUGCAGUCACGGCAGUGUUUAAAGUCACAGGCUGUCUUGUCUGUAAGUGCUGUCCUAUGUGCACUGGAGAACAAUGCAUGUUUUAAAAACAAAUAUAUUGUUUCUGGUUGAAAGGAAAACCAGGCUGUGCUAUCCCCGCUCUGUGGAUAAGCGAAGUGGCUUAUACUCGGUCUCCAGCCUUGUCAAUGCAGAGCUGAUCUGUCAGGUACGCAGUCCUGUUACUCAGUGUGGACAAGAAGACACAGACCUCCAUACCAGCAAUGCCCUUCCCUGCUGUGAGCAGCCUGCAGCUCGCUGUCUCCCUUGAUUGAGAGCUUCGGCAGGGCGUGCUGCUCCCCCCGAGAUCACUUUCUCCUCUGAAGGAGUCUCCUCUUGGCAGGCAUCAUGCAGUUGUAGCCAUUGUAUAAUUAGUCUGCCUUUUAAGAAAAUUAAAAAAGCUAUAAACCAUUGCAGAAAUAUUGCCCUGUUUAUAAUUUACUGAGUCGCCCAGUACAGUCUGGUCUGAUUUCCUCUCUGGUAUGGAUUGCUGGCUGGAGAAUGUGAAUAUUAAUCUCCACUGUUACUUAGAGAGCUAGUAGGGCAGGCAAGUAAGCGAUCUGCGGUUUUAUGUGCUGCACUGAGAUGCUUGUAAAGUUGUGAUUGUUUCCCCACACUGGGAUCAAUUCUAGAUCAGCCACUCAUCUAAAGCACCUGUUGUGUCUCAAAGGCCUUGAUCGUGAAUCCUGCAUCUACCAUCUACCCUCCAGCAGUCAUUUGAAAGUCACGCCCUUCAGGAUCGUUAAUCAAACUGAGUCUUAUUAUCCACAGUCACUAUGUUGCAUUUAAACAUUAAUAUAAUAGGCAUUGAUUCUGCAGGAAAACUCUGGCUCCUGUUCGUAUUACCACUGGAACUAAAGAACAGCUCCUUAGAACACCUUAAUGCAGACAAAAGCAAAUCCAGUGUUGUGCUUCAGGGAAUGCUCAGAAUGAAGUGGGGACAGUACAUAAAAUAUAUACAAGUGAAAUUUGAAGCUGCUUGCUCUUUAAACUAGCUACCACAAUCCUGCUUUUUUUUUUU